ACGCGCCGGUGUAGGUGGCGGUACCCGCUGGUUAGCGACGCCGCGGCCGGGAUCCGGGCCGAGGGGAGACCAUGUCGGACCUGGGCUCCGAGGAGUUGGAGGAGGAGGGAGAGAAUGAUCUCGGGGAAUACGAAGGGGACCGGAAUGAAGCUGGGGAACGGCACGGGCACGGGAGAGCUAGACUGCCCAACGGGGACACCUAUGAAGGGAACUACGAAUUCGGUAGAAGACAUGGCCAGGGAACCUACAUAUUUAAAAAUGGCGCCCGAUACAUUGGAGAAUAUGUUAAAAAUAAAAAGCAUGGUCAAGGCACUUUCAUAUAUCCAGACGGAUCCAGAUAUGAAGGCGAGUGGGUGGAUGACCAGCGGCACGGCCAUGGCGUGUACUACUACAUCAAUAACGACACCUACACCGGGGAGUGGUUCAACCACCAAAGGCACGGGCAAGGCACCUACUUCUAUGCGGAGACGGGCAGUAAGUAUGUCGGAACCUGGGUGAACGGGCAGCAGGAGGGUGCCGCCGAGCUCAUCCAUCUGAACCACAGGUACCAGGGCAAGUUCCUGAACAAAAACCCCAUCGGCCCUGGGAAGUACGUGUUUGACAUUGGAUGUGAGCAGCACGGAGAGUACCGCCUCACAGACGUGGAAAGAGGAGAAGAGGAGGAGGAGGAGGAAACAUCAAUAAAUAUUGUUCCCAAGUGGAAAGCUAUAAAAAUCACAGAAUUGGCCCUGUGGACGCCGACUCUCCCCGAGGAGAAGCCUGUCGUAGAGAAACAUGUCCUGGAGGAGGCUGCAGGACCCGAGGGGGCCGGGGAGCUCGUGGAGGAAGCCCCGGUGGCAUCAGAAGGCUUCGAGGGGGAGAUAGACCUGAGGUCUGGAGACGAAGACGCAGACGUCUUCCAGCAGGAGAGCCGCGAGUACAGUUACGACGCGGACCAGGGAAACAUGAGCUUUGAGGACGAAGGUCGAUUCUCAGACCUGCAAGACUGAGAGCCCGCAGGUGGCACACGCCAGAAGCCGGCCUGAUUUACC